CCGGUGCGCCGCCGAGGUUCUUGCGCGUGUUUUCUGCAGAGCGUGUAGCGCUUUCCUGUCCGGGCGUUUUGGGCGCGUGGGUCUGAAUCCGCCCUUUUUUUGCCCGUCCUGCAGUCAUGCGGCCCGGUUUUAGUCCACGUGGAGGCCGUGGUGGGUUUGGAGAUCGUGGCGGACGUGGAGGCUUCCGAGGAGGACGUGGAGGUGGAUUUAGGUCUCCUGGAGGAGGAGAAGGGGGCUUUCGAGGAGGUGGGCGAGGAGGUGGACGAGGUGGCUUUCGAGGAGGACGUGGAGCAGGAGGAGGUGGACGUGGGCGAGGUGGGGGCUUUCGAGGAGGGCGAGGUGGCUUCAGAGGUGGCAAAAAGGUUACAGUAGAACCCCACAGGCAUGAAGGAGUCUUCAUCUGCCGGGGAAAGGAAGACGCGCUGGUGACCCGGAACCUAGUACCGGGUGAAUCUGUGUAUGGAGAGAAGAGGAUUUCUGUGGAGGAUGGGGAAGUGAAGGUGGAAUACCGAGCCUGGAACCCCUUCCGCUCCAAACUGGCUGCUGCCAUCCUUGGAGGCAUCGAUCAGAUCCACAUCAAACCUGGUGCCAAAGUGCUGUACCUGGGAGCGGCCUCGGGAACGACAGUCUCUCACGUUUCGGACAUAGUCGGGCCGGAGGGACCUUCAGGUGUAUGCCCGUGGAGUUUUCCCAUACAGUUGUCAGAUCGUGACCUCAUCAAUGAUAAUAGCAACAAGCAAAGCGAACCAACAUUAUCCCGAUCGGUAUUAGAGGAUCUGCUUGCUGACAUCCACACAAAUACCGCAUGUUGCUGGGAAUGGUGGACGUCAUUUUUGCAGACGUGGCUCAGCCCGACCAGUCUCGUAUCGUGGCUCUGAAUGCGCACAACUUCCUGAAGAAUGGGGGACACUUUGUCAUUUCCAUCAAGGCUAACUGUGUCGAUUCGACAGCAGCGCCCGAGGCCGUCUUUGCAUCAGAGGUGAAGAAAAUGCAGCAAGAAAACAUGAAACCCCAGGAGCAGUUGACUCUGGAGCCCUAUGAGCGAGAUCAUGCUGUGGUGGUGGGC